GUUAACUUGCAUUUUUUACUCUCCCAAGCUCGAGUGUCCGCGCGACCGUCUGUGCUCUGGUGCUACAAGAAGGAUCUCGGCUUCACAAGUCAUCGCAAGAAGCGAGAAGCAAAGAUAAAGCGAGAUGUCAAGCGAGGAAUUCGAGAGCCAAACGAGCAAGAUCCCUUUGAGAUCUUCAUUACUGUGACCGACAUUCGCUACACAUACUACAAGGAGUCCCACAAGAUUCUGGGUAACACAUAUGGUAUGCUAGUCCUCCAAGAUUUCGAGGCUGUCACGCCGAACCUGCUCGCAAGGACAAUUGAGACGGUGGAAGGGGGUGGUUUGGUCGUGCUCCUGUUGAAAACAAUGACUUCGUUGCGUCAGUUGUAUACUAUGACAAUGGACGUCCAUUCGCGAUAUAGGACGUCCGCCCAUGACACAGUGACAGCGCGUUUCAACGAACGAUUUAUUCUCUCCCUCGGGUCAUGCGAUGAUUGCCUGGUCCUCGACGACGAGCUGAAUGUGCUACCAAUAUCUCGGGGCAAAGACAUCAAGCCUAUAGAGGAGGAUCGUGGCAAGGGCAAGGAAGAAUCCGGGCUGAAGGAUCUGAAGGACAGUCUCGCAGAUACCAAGCCCGUUGGUGAACUUGUGAAACUUGCCAAGACAAUCGACCAGGCGCAGGCUAUUCUCACCUUUGUCGACGCCAUUGCCGAGAAGACACUCUCAUCGACUGUGACCCUCACCGCCGGUCGUGGUCGCGGAAAAUCUGCUGCUCUUGGCUUGGCGAUUGCGGCUGCGAUAGCACACGGAUAUUCGAACAUCUUCGUGACCAGUCCCACACCAGAGAACUUGAAGACUUUGUUUGACUUCAUCUUUAAGGGUCUCGACGCCCUGGGUUACGAAGAACACCUUGACUACGACAUCGCUCAGAGCACCAACCCCGAUUUCAACAAGGCCAUUGUCCGUGUAAACAUCUUCCGCCAACACCGCCAGACGAUCCAGUACAUCCAGCCCGAAGAUGCCCACGUCCUCGGACAGGCUGAGCUUGUCAUCAUCGACGAAGCCGCAGCUAUCCCUCUUCCUCUUGUCCGCAACCUUAUCGGCCCUUAUCUUGUGUUCAUGGCCUCUACUAUCAAUGGUUAUGAGGGCACGGGCCGUUCACUGUCCCUCAAACUAAUCCAACAGCUCCGUGAGAGCACUCGACCAUCGCUCACGAAGGACGCGCAGGCCACUGAAGAAGAUGCUCCAACGGCGUCCUCUUCCAGAAAGGCAACAGCUAGGGCACCACCGAAGGCCCGCACCCUCCGCGAGAUCAAGCUCGAGACGCCGAUUCGAUAUGCCGCAGGGGACAAGGUGGAGAAGUGGCUAAACGGCCUGCUCUGUCUCGACGCGUCCGUGUUACCGAAGUUUACGCACCAAGGUUGCCCGCAUCCAUCCGAGUGCGAGCUGUUCUACGUUGCGCGUGAUACCUUGUUCAGUUACCACCCUGCGUCGGAGGUUUUCCUGCAGCGCAUGAUGGCACUCUACGUCGCGAGUCACUACAAGAACCAACCGAACGACUUGCAACUGCUGUCGGAUGCCCCUGCACAUCAUCUUUUUGUCCUUCUGCCACCGAUCAAAGACGACGAAUCCCAUCUGCCGGAGCCGCUCGUCGUUUUGCAAGUCGCGCUGGAGGGUCGUAUCAGCAAGGCGGCGAUCAUGGAAGGUCUCAGCCGUGGCUAUCGUGCAGGUGGAGAUAUGAUCCCGUGGUUGAUCUCGCAGCAGUUUCAGGAGAGCAAGUUCGCUCUACUUUCGGGUGCUCGAAUUGUUCGGGUGGCAACACAUCCAGACUACACAAGUAUGGGCUACGGAGCGCGUGCGGUACAGUGUCUCAACGCCUUCUACAGUGGAGAGUACUUCAACCUUGACGAGGAGGCCGAAGCGGAACAAUCCUACCCGGACGCGUCGCGCAUCGACGAGAGCACGAGCCUCCUCACUGACAGACCCACCGUGCGUGCAGUGAACGCGAUGCCACCCCUUCUUCAACGUCUCGGUGAGCGGAGGCCGGAGACCCUGGACUAUCUUGGUGUGUCGUACGGUCUGACCCCGCAACUCCUGCGGUUCUGGAAGCGCGCGGGCUUUGUGCCGCUGUACCUUCGCCAGACGCAGAGCGAGCUUACGGGCGAGCACACGUGCGUCAUGGUCCGCGGGCUGAACUCGUCGACAGAAGAGGAGCUGCAGUGGUUGAGCGAAUUUGCCAAGGAUUUCCGGCGACGCUUCCUUACCCUCCUGUCCUUCAAGUUCAGGGAAUUUGGGUCUGUCACCGCGUUGAGCGUGCUUGAAGCAGCGAACGCCGGCGUGAAGAAGCUCGACGAAGAUCCUACGCGCGAACUGACCCCGACGGAGCUCGGCUUCCAUAUGUCGCCCUUUGAUCUCAAGCGUCUCGAGUCGUACGCGAACAACAUGCUCGACUACCACGUCAUCCUGGACCUCCUGCCCGCCGUCGCGACGUUCUACUUCGAGAAACGCAUGGGCGCUGAGAUUCGCCUGAGCGCGGUGCAGAGCUCUAUCCUGCUCGCGCUCGGACUGCAGCGGAAGACGAUCGAGGAGGUCGAGGCGGAGCUCCAGCUUCCAGUCAAUCAGGCCCUCGCCCUGUUCGGCAAGCUUGUCCGCAAGUUGAGCAAGCGCCUACAGGACGUCCAAAAGGCGGCGAUCGAAGCCACAAUUCCCGAAGCACCGCCGAAAUUGCCUGUGGCGACGGAUGACGGCACGGAGGGACAGGCCGGCACAAGUUGGAAGCCCGUCGAGACGAGCCUCGAAGACGAGCUGAAGGAGGCGGGCAGCGAGGCGACGCGUGCGCUGCGCGAGAGGCAGCGGCAGAUGAUAGACUCGCUUGAUCUGAGCAAAUACGCGAUAACCGAUGCUGCGACGGACUGGAACAUGGCGGGGACGCAGGUCGCGAAGCUCGCGGCGGGCGGCGCCGAGGGCAAGUCGACGGUGGUGACCGUGAAGAGUACCGCCGCUGCAGGUCAGAAGCGCAAGACCGACGAGGACGGCGGCGCGAAGGGGAAGGAGAAAAAGGGUGCUCGACGCAGUUUAAAGAAGGCCAAGCGGUAAUGCUGUGCGGUUGCGUGUGACGGUGGCUAACGUUGCCAUCUUGAGACUGCACACCGAAAUCGGAUGACAGGCUCAAUUGCUGGAGCAUCCCAGGCGAGGGGUUUCUAAGCCUUUUUCUGUCAGUCUCAUGAUAGGCUGAGGCGCGAUGAUCUUCUGUCAUGUGGUACCACGGGUUGCCUGAUGUCUGUUUCAUCUUUUUGAGUCUCGAGAGCCGAGCACUCGC